AUGACCAUCCCGAGCCAGAGUCCCCUAUAUAUAAAGGGCCAUUGUCAAAUUGAUGCCAUCCUGGCCUCAGCCGGUGGGACGAUUGCCAUCUGCAGUGGGUCGACUGUUGGUGGCGGGAUGGCAGCUGUCAAUGGGGCGACCGGUGGUGGUGGGGCAACUGGCAGUGGUGGCCGGAUGACUGGCGGCGGUGGGGCGACCGGUAGCGGCCGGCAGUCCGGCGGCGGCAUGACUGGCAGUGGUGGGGUGACCGGUGGCGGCUGGAUGACCGGCGGCGGGGUGACUGGCAGUGGUGGGGCGACCGGUGGCGGCCGGAUGACUGGCGGCGGGGUGACUGGCAGUGGUGGGGUGACCAGAGGGAUGUUCAGGAGAUCCUGCUCUACUAAUAUCUAUCUACAGUGCUGCUUUUCUGGAUACUGUACAAACUGA